GUUUAUGAGUGCGCAGAGCCUCUGCCUGGGGCGGGUCCCGGGGUGAGUCCUCGGAGCGUGGGGGGCACCCCGUGUGGGCCUGUGGGCGGGGCCAGCUGCGGCUCCUUUUCCCUCCGUGCCUUUGUUUUCCUCCAGCGACUGACGCUGCUCCUCUCGCCUCAUGGUUCGAGUGCGCCCGCCCGGGACGCUGGGAACGCGGGCGCUGGCGGGAAGACCAGACGUCGUCCCUGGGCCCCCAUGGGGCACCGUCCUGUCCCUCCAGUGCAGUUGACCUUCCUUUCUGGAAUGUUCCUGCCUAGAGAAAGUCUCGUGGAGAAACACUCUCCGUCUCGAGGAGCCCGGCGACGGCUUCGUGCGGCUGUGGUCACCCAGAUGUUGCCCCCGAUAGCACACUGGUGGAGCAGGCCCGGGCCAAGUACCGCCAGCGUCUCCUGUCUCCGCCGGAUCUCGGUGAGAGACGGACUUUCUGGCCGAGACCAGCCCGUGGAGCUGCUGAAUCCUGCCCGCGUGAACCACAUGCCCAGCUCGGUGGACGUGGCCACGGCGCUGCCCCUGCAAGCGGCCCCCUCGGCAGUGCCCAUGGACCUGCGCCUGGACCACCCGUUCUCGCUGCCCGUGGCGGAGCCGGCCCUGCGGGAGCAGCAGCUGCAGCAGGAGCUCCUGGCGCUGAAGCAGAAGCAGCAGAUCCAGAGGCAGCUGCUCAUCGCCGAGUUCCAGCGGCAGCACGAGCAGCUCUCGCGGCAGCACGAGGCCCAGCUGCACGAGCACAUCAAGCAGCAGCAGGAGAUGCUGGCCAUGAAGCACCAGCAGGAGCUGCUCGAGCACCAGCGGAAGCUGGAGCGGCACCGCCAGGAGCAGGAGCUGCAGAAGCAGCACCGCGAGCAGAAGCUGCAGCAGCUCAAGAACAAGGAGAAGGGCAAAGAGAGCGCCGUGGCCAGCACAGAAGUGAAGAUGAAGCUGCAAGAGUUUGUCCUCAAUAAAAAGAAGGCUCUGGCCCACCGGAGCCUGAACCCCUGCAUCUCCAGCGACCCCCGCUACUGGUACGGGAAGACGCAGCACAGCUCCCUGGACCAGAGCUCCCCGCCCCAGAGCGGGGUGUCGGCCUCCUACAACCACCCGGUCCUGGGCAUGUACGACGCCAAGGACGACUUCCCCCUCAGGAAGACAGCCUCCGAGCCCAACCUGAAGCUGCGCUCGCGGCUAAAGCAGAAGGUGGCCGAGAGGCGGAGCAGCCCGCUGUUACGCAGGAAGGACGGGCCGGUGGUCACUGCCCUGAAGAAGCGCCCGCUGGAUGUCACAGACUCCGCCUGCAGCAGCGCCCCCGGCUCCGGGCCCAGCUCGCCCAACAACAGCUCCGGGAGCGUCAGCGCCGAGAACGGGAUCGCGCCCGCCGUGCCCAGCGUCCCGGCCGAGGUCAGUUUGGCGCACAGACUCGUGACGGGAGGCUCGGUGGCUCCACUCCCUCUCUACACGUCGCCCGUCCUUGCCCAACAUCACUUUGGGGGCUGCCCCGCCACAGGUCCUUUGGCCGGCGCGGCCGGCCAGCAGGAUGCCGAGAGACUCGCCCUCCCGGCCCUCCAGCAGAGGAUCCCCCUCUUCCCCGGCACCCACCUGGCUCCCUACCUGAGCACCUCGCCCCUGGAGCGGGACGGGGCGGCGCACAACCCCCUCCUGCAGCACAUGGUCCUCCUGGAGCAGCCGCCCGCGCAGACGCCCCUGGUCACAGGCCUGGGAGCCCUGCCCCUCCACGCACAGUCGCUGGUCGGCGCGGACCGGGUGUCCCCCUCCAUCCACAAGCUGCGACAGCACCGCCCGCUGGGGCGCACGCAGUCGGCGCCGCUGCCGCAGAACGCGCAGGCCCUGCAGCACCUGGUGAUCCAGCAGCAGCACCAGCAGUUCCUGGAGAAACACAAGCAGCAGUUCCAGCAGCAGCAGCUGCACAUGAGCAAGAUCAUCCCCAAACCCAGCGAGCCGGCCCGGCAGCCCGAGAGCCACCCCGAGGAGACCGAGGAGGAGCUCCGCGAGCACCAGGCCCUGCUGGACGAGCCGUACCUGGAGCGGCUGCCGGGGCAGAAGGAGGCGCUCGCGCUGGCCGGCGUGCAGGUCAAGCAGGAGCCCAUCGAGAGCGAGGAGGACGAGGCGGGGCCCCCUCGGGAGGCAGAGCCAGGCCUGCGCCAGCCCACGGAGCAGGAGCUGCUGUUUAGACAGCAAGCCCUCCUGCUGGAGCAGCAGCGCAUCCACCAGCUGAGGAACUACCAGGCGUCCAUGGAGGCCGCCGGCAUCCCUGUGUCCUUCGGCGGCCACAGGCCCCUGUCCCGGGCGCAGUCCUCGCCCGCGUCCGCCACCUUCCCCGUGUCCGUGCAGGAACCGCCCACCAAGCCACGGUUCACGACAGGCCUGGUGUACGACACGCUGAUGCUGAAGCACCAGUGCACGUGCGGCAACACCAACAGCCACCCCGAGCACGCCGGGAGGAUCCAGAGCAUCUGGUCCCGCCUGCAGGAGACCGGCCUCCGCGGCAAGUGCGAGAGCAUCCGCGGACGGAAGGCCACGCUGGAGGAGCUGCAGACGGUGCACUCGGAAGCACACACCCUCCUCUACGGCACAAACCCCCUCAACAGGCAGAAACUGGACAGUAAGAAACUUCUAGGCUCUCUGACCUCGGUGUUCGUCCGGCUCCCCUGUGGCGGCGUCGGGGUGGACAGCGACACCAUUUGGAACGAGGUGCACUCGUCGGGGGCCGCCCGCCUGGCCGUGGGCUGCGUGGUGGAGCUGGUCUUCAAGGUGGCCACGGGGGAGCUGAAGAAUGGCUUUGCUGUGGUCCGCCCCCCGGGACACCACGCCGAGGAGAGCACGCCCAUGGGCUUCUGCUACUUCAACUCCGUGGCCGUGGCAGCCAAGCUGCUCCAGCAGAGGCUGAACGUGAGCAAGAUCCUCAUCGUGGACUGGGACGUGCACCACGGCAACGGCACGCAGCAGGCUUUCUACGGCGACCCCAGCGUCCUGUACGUGUCGCUGCAUCGCUACGACGACGGGAACUUCUUCCCGGGCAGUGGGGCGCCUGACGAGGUGGGCACGGGGCCCGGCGUGGGCUUCAACGUCAACAUGGCUUUCACCGGCGGCCUCAACCCCCCCAUGGGAGACACCGAGUACCUGGCGGCCUUCAGGGCCGUGGUCAUGCCGAUCGCCAGCGAGUUCGCCCCGGACGUGGUGCUGGUGUCGUCGGGCUUUGACGCCGUGGAGGGACACCCCACGCCGCUCGGGGGCUACAACCUCUCUGCCAAAUGUUUCGGGUACCUGACGAAGCAGCUGAUGGCCCUGGCGGGCGGCCGCGUCGUGCUGGCGCUGGAGGGCGGCCACGACCUGACAGCCAUCUGCGACGCCUCGGAAGCCUGCGUCUCCGCGCUGCUGGGCAACGAGCUUGACCCCCUUCCGGACAAGGUCUUGCAGCAGAGGCCCAACGCCAACGCCGUGCGGUCCAUGGAGAAGGUCGUGGAGAUCCACAGCAAGUACUGGCGCUGCCUGCAGCGCACACCCUCCACGGUGGGGCACUCCCUGGUCGAGGCGCAGAAGUGCGAGAACGAGGAGGCCGAGACGGUCACCGCCAUGGCCUCGCUCUCCGUGGGCGUGAAGCCCAGCGAGAAGAGGCCGGAGGAGGAGCCCAUGGAGGAGGAGCCGCCCCUGUAGCCUCUCCCGGAGCCGCCGGUCUCCUGUUUGUCCGUCUCUGUCUUGAAGCUCAGCCGAGAAACUUUCCCGAGCGGCGCCUGAGUCCCGCCCCGCGUGCUCUCGGAGCGCCCAGGGACGCCAGCCCGCAGCAGCGACGGGAAGCCUUUCUGCCGACGGAGCCCGGGCUCCAGACGCACACGCUCACCCCGGCGUGGCAGCCGCGGGACAGACGCCGGCGCCGCGUGCACACGCACAGCCGCGGGAGCCAAGCACACUCGGCGGUCCCGGGAUGCCGCGAAGACAGCGGCCUGCGGCGGUCGCCGAAUCCAGGUGACACGAGGACAAGAAAAUGAGAAUCAAAGAUCUAACGACACACACACACAAAAAAAACUCGAUUAAAACUGGUGCUUAACGUUUGAUUAUUACCCACAAUUUCACAGUCUCCGUGUAAACCACUCAACUCAUCUUGUAGCUUAUUUUUCUUCAAAGAGAACGUUUUCUUCGGCUCCGGCCUUCCCCCGCGAGCCAGCGGCGUGCGGCGGGGUCUGCGGCAGGUGGGGGCCGGAGUGGACGGACCUUCCACGGAAGCGAAACCGGACAGAAGCAGGAGCGCGAGCCUGGGGGAGGGUUGAGUUUCUCGAAGCCAUCGGAAGAUGCAAGUUUGUGCCUUUAUUUUUAUUGCUCUGGUGGAUUUUUGUGGCUGGGUUUUCUGGGGUCCGAGGAACGAUGCCUUAAGAAACUACAGAGAGCGGGGUCGGUGGACGGCCCCCCCGUGGCCGGGGGAGCGAGGCGGUGCCCCGGGGCUCCUCCUGCGCCCGGUCGCUCGUUGCGGAAGUGGAGGUGGUUCCAAAAAAGUGGCAGAUACUGUUGGGGUUUUGAAGUCCAACAAAAUUUUAAACGAAUCCAAAGUGUUCUUUUUCUCACGCGUCACGUAGCGACCGAUCGUGUCCAUUUGGUUGUCAGCAUGCCCCAGGCACUUGCAGUGUUAGGGUCGGAAUGCUUUUUAUGAAAAGCAAGUAGCAUGAAGUAUUGCUUAAAUUUUAGGUAUAAAUAAAUAUAUAUAUGUAUAAUAUAUAUUCCAAUGUAUUCCAAGCUAAGAAACUUGAUUCUUAACGAAAUCUUGAUAAAAUAUUUAUAAUGCAUUUAUAGAAAAAGUAUAUAUAAAUAUAUAUAUAUAUAUAUAAAAUAAAUGCAGAUCCUGGAGGUCCCUUACAAACGGAUGACUUGUGAACCAGCCCUCAAGGUGCUCAUGGAAAGGGGUCGUGAUGGAGACUCGUGUCUUUUCGGGCUCCAGAUUGGCUAGAGCUUUCAGAUCGCCAACACAUUCGCCACUGGGCAACUACCCUGCAAGUUUGUACUUUGAUUUCAAUUAUUUUCUAGCAGAAGCCCCUUCCCUCUCCAAGCCUCCAUGCACAUAUGUACCUAAUGAGUUUUUAUAGCAAAGAAUAUAAAUUUGCUGUUGAUUUUUGUAUGAAUUUUUUCACAAAAAGAUCCUGAAUAAGCAUUGUUUUGUGAA